CCCACCACAAUUAUAUCUAAUUCCUUAGAUAUGAGUUCUGUCCAAAUCCUUUCCUCCACCACAGUUCAUGCACCAAAUCACUCUAAUCACCACACCAUCGAUCUAACACCAUGGGAUCUUCAAUUCCUCACUUUUGGUUUCAAUCAAAUGGGUUUUCUUUAUCGCCACCAUAACAAAUUAGAUACAACAAAUCAAAUCCUACAUCUCAAACACUCCUUUUCCUCUACCCUUAAUUUUUUUCAGCCCCUUACCGGUCGUCUCAAAAUCACUGAAUACGAAGAUAACACUAUCUCAUGCUCUAUCAACUGCAACAACGAAGGUGCACUCUUCGUUCACGUUGUAGCAAAAAAUAUAAGUGUUGCGGAUAUUCUUGAACCUACUUAUCUUCCUCCUAUUCAUCACUCAUUUUUUUCAUUGAAUGGAGUUAAAAACUACCAUGGGACAUCAAUACCGCUUCUUGCCGCUCAAGUAACAGAGUUAGUCAAUGGCAUCUUUAUUGGCAUCACAAUCAAUCAUGUGCUUGGUGAUGGUUAUUUGUUUUCCCAUUUUACUAAUUCAUGGGCGAGAAUGUCGAAAGGUUGUUUAAAAAUAUCUCUACUUCCGAAUUUUGAACGUUGGUUUCCUAAAGGGAUUGAAUGUCCGAUUAGGUUUCCUUUCACAAUAGAGCCACAAGAAUAUCAUUCUAGUGAUGAAAAUGAAGGAAAGAAACUCAACCCACCAGAGAGAAUAUUUCGUUUCACAAAAGAGAAUAUUGCAGAACUAAAAUUCAAAGCCAAUUUAGAGGCUGGAACAAAGAAUAUAUCUUCUUUGCAAGCACUUUUUACUCAUAUUUGGCGUUCUUUUAUACGUUCUAAAAAUCUUGACCCACAAAUUGAAGUGAGUUUUGUAUUGGAUUUAAGCGUUAGACAAAGACUGGUUCCUCCGUUGCAAGAGGAUUACUUUGGUAAUGCUGUGAUAGAAUGUGUGGUUACCAUGAAAGCUGGUGAAUUGUUGGAAGAUGGCGGACUUGGUAAAGGUGCAUUGAAGAUUAAUAAGAUGAUUUCUUUGCAUUCUGAUGAGAAGUUAAGGAGUCAUUAUGAAAAUUGGUUGAUAAAACCAAGUUUUGUUAUUACUCCUGAUGAUGUUGUGAAUAAUAAUUCAUUGGUGAUUGGUAGUUCACCUUGGUUUGAUGUUUAUGGGAAUGAUUAUGGUUGGGGAAGACCUGUGGGAGUUCGAAGUGGAAGUGCAGAUAAAAGAAAUGGGAAGAUUUAUGUGAAUGCAGGGGUAGAAAAGGGUAAUUUGGAGCUUGAAGUGUGUCAUCCUUAUGAAAUUUUGGAGGCAAUGAGAAAUGAUCAGGAGUUUAUGAUGUGUCCACCUAAUGUGUCUUCUAAGUUAUAAUUAAUGUUAGAUUUUGGGUGUACCAUUUUAGCUUAGAUUCUUUAUUUUGUAUUUGUGUAACACAUGAAUAAUGAUGUGACCUAAGUAUAAUCUUAGUUUUGUAUAUAUUCAACUCUCAAUGGAGUAUACUCAAAUCCUUUUUCUU